ACCGAACGUAAAUUUGAUAAAGUUUGGCAGCUGCCACUAGAUGUCGCUGAAAUUUUUCAGUCAUACGGAAUUUGUGAUAUAAAAUUUUUGGAACGAAAAUCACAAAUAAAAGAUGGCCAGCUUCCUUAUGCGCCGAGCGCUGUUAGAUGCAGUCCGUGUGCCCGUUGGCGUGAGGGCCGCCAGCACCGAACUGGCUAAGAUCGGCAACCGCGAGUGGGUGGGCUUCGGGUUCAACGGCCAGCCCAACUACGUGGACCGGCCCGACUUCCCCAUGCCGGCUGUGAGGUUCCGUCCCGACACACCUGACCUUAAGGCCCUCCGUGAGAAAGAGAAGGCCGACUGGCGCAAACUGACCCUCGAAGAGAAGAAAGCCCUGUACCGCGCGUCCUUCCGCCAGACCUUCGCCGAGUUCCAGGCUCCCACUGGAGAAUGGAAAGGCAUUGUGGGCUGGGGACUAGUGUUGGCUUCCCUCUCUGUUUGGAUCUACAUGGCUAUGAAGAUUUUCGUAUACAGCCCAAUCCCCGAGUCGCUGACCGAGGAGAACCAGAAGGCACAGCUGAGGCGUAUGCUCGACCUCAAGGUCAACCCCGUGGACGGACUCGCUUCCAAGUGGGACUACGAGAACAACCGCUGGAAGUAAAGGUUUUGGCGAUAUGGUGCUAUACCUGUGGCGGCGGCUUGCUUUCUCCGGGUAUUAGAGUAGACAAUGUAAUAUAAGCGAAGUAUCUAUGUAAGAUAAUCAAUACAAUUGUGAUUCCAA